AUGGAUCUUAAUAAAUUGCUAAAAACUGAUCCAAAUGAUGUGUAUUUACUUGGUAAUCGUAGAACUGCUUAUCUGCAUUUAGGUCUCUAUAAAGAAUUGCUAGUGAAUCUUAAUAAGCAGUUAUGUCAAUAUGAAAAAUCUCUUAAAGAUCUAAAUAGAGCAUUGGAAAUUAAUCCAAACACUACAAAAGCACUUGUAAACCAUGGGAUAACAUAUAUAUAUUUAGAUCGCCGCAGAUAUAAUUAUCAAUUAUUAGGUCAAUAUGAAAAGUCACUUGCAGAUUUAAAUAGAGCUUUAGAAAUUAUGCCGAAUGAUGUAAUUGCACUUUGUAAUCAGUGCACUACUUAUUAG